AUGGCCUCCAAAUCCUUCUAUGCCGUCAUAGCCGGAGUCGGCGCCGGCACAGGCCGCUCCGUUGCGCUUCGCUUCGCCCGGUCCUACCCGGUGGUUCUCUUGGCCCGCAAGCCCGAGAGUUACAACGACAUCGUAUCCGAGAUCAAGAAGCAGGGCGGUGAGGCCAUCGGCAUCAGCGCCGACACGUCGGAUCCUCAAUCCGUCAGCUCUGCGUUUGAGGCUAUCAAGAAGGAGCUGCCCGACAAGAAGCUCGCUGCGGCCAUCUAUAACGUAGGCGCCGGUUUCGCAGUGAAACCCUUCCUUGAAUUGACUCCCUCAGAUCUGAACACGAGCUUAGCAAGUAACGCCGGCGGCCUAUUCAACUUCGCCCAAGCCACCCUCCCGUCCCUGCUAGACUCAGUCCCAUCCUCCCCCUUCCCCCCAAGCCUCAUCAUCACGGGCGCAACGGCGUCAGUGCGCGGCUCGCCCCGGUUCGCGACCUUUGCGGCGGGCAAGUUCGCCGCGCGCGCGCUGAGCCAGAGCCUGGCGCGCGAGUUCGGCCCCAAGGGCGUGCACGUCGCACACGUCAUUGUCGACGGGGUGAUUGACAUCCCGAGGACCAAGGAAUAUCGCGUAAACGACGGCGUGGAGGACGGCAAGAUCAGUCCUGAUGCGAUUGCCGAGAGCUACUGGCAUUUGCACACGCAGCAUCGGUCGAGCUUCACGCAUGAGCUAGAUCUGCGGCCGUAUGUCGAGAAAUUCUGA